AAAUAUUAUUCAUAUUUUGGCCACACAUUUGUCGGAUAACAAAAACAGGUAACAAUGCCACUGAAACUUUUCCAUAGCAGCCUCUUUCCCACAGCAAAACGUCCACCUUCAUCACAUCAUCUCGCAUCCCAUCUCUUCUCCGCACCUGUGCUGUUGCAGUGGAAGAAUCGAACCACAACGAUUCAGCUCAGAAACCCGAGGCGGAGGUUCCCUAGUGCUGCAAUCUCAGCCUCAUCAGCACCACUCGAUUUAACAGAGGAUAAUAUCGAGCAAGUCCUCAUCGAUGCUAAAACAGAGCUGGGACAGCUCUUUGACACUUCAGUUAACAUAACAGGAAAAGUGGAACUUGCGGAAUUGGAUGGACCCUAUGUGAAGAUCAGGCUCAGCGGCCGAUUUUGGCACAAACGUUCCACGGUUUUGGCUAGGUUGGGGAAUUACUUGAAGCAGAGAAUACCUGAAAUAUUGGAGGUGGAUAUUGAAGACGAGAAGCAGCUUGAUGAUAGCCCUGCAAACUUUUGACACUGUUAGAUUUAUCAUCAACUAUCUCAGUUUUUUGGAGCUUCAACAUUGAUUGUUCAUAAUGAAUCAUUUCACUAUUCAAUUGUUA